AUGGGGGGACAGCACUCUCAGUUCACAGAAGAAGAACUCAAAGAUUAUCAGGUAAAGACGCUAUCUUUAUAGUUUAUUCGAUAUGAUUUCUUCUUAUUCUUCAUUGUACUUUUUUGAAGUAUUUGAAGAAGGUGUUAGGGUUGGUAGUAACAGUAGUGUUUACCUCGUUGCAGGAACUGACGUAUUUCACACAGAAGGAAAUCUUACAGUGAGUGUAUCUUCUCCCCUAAUACCGUAAUUUUUGCUCCAUUGGCAGUGAAGCCCUAACUGUUAACCGUAUAAUUAACUAAGAUGGCUUAGCUGAAUUGCUGAAUCAAGUAGUACUGAACCACCAACCGCAAUGCUCUUGUGUAUAACGGCCCUGUAUUUAUACUUAGGCUUUUAUUACAGCAGUCUAUACGGUCACCGAAAUUGUGAAAAGUUGACCUGUAUGUUACGGUCACCCGUGUAGAUAUAUAUAAGUGAGCCGUGAUGUUUUUAUUGUCAUUAAAAUGAUAAAAGCUUUACAAUAUUAAAAGAAAUAUCCUCAAUAAGCACGGUUUACGAAAAAACUAUAUACAGUAUGACCGGUAUGUUGCCCAGUAUGCGUACACUUAAGUUUAACAUGUACAUUACAAUGACUUUACUUUGUUAGUCGCAAGAGCUCUGAAAUUUGGCCCAGAGAAAAUUUACUUACUCCUCAAUAUGACAAAAGACAGUUUAACUUUUUUGCUUUUGUUUCCAUUGCGAAAUAAAUAUUUUUGCAGAGCUCCUGUAUUGCCCAGUAUCCGGACACAACAAUAACAACGUUAUUGUACAUGAAUUUCGACAGGCAAGCGACUUAUAAGCUUCUCUUGCACUUGCUAAGUAGUCUGGCAAUCGAUUUCAAACAUACAACCUGGCAUCGUGAAAUAAAACAUAACAGAUGACUGGGGUAUGGUGGAGAAUGCAAGCGGCUGUUAAAUGGUAUAUUAUUAUUACUCCCUUGUCUAGGAACUUUUUCACUGAUUUAAGGAAGGCCUCCAUGGACAUACCAAAGCCGCCAUUUGCAAGCUCAAUUAGCCAAUCUGCAAAUGACUUUUUUUCUUCAUUCCUCAAUCCGAUGGUCAAAGGUCACCAUCCUAUUUAGUCUUACCUGCAGUGUUGAUUUCUUCAUGCUCAGUCCCCACAGUAAGCCUGCUUUUCUAGCUCUAAUUCCUCCUUUUUUCACAUCUCUUAAUUCCUUUGUGACAUUUUUCAGACCGUUGCAACCCCCCAUUCUAGCAGUCACAACUGGGGAAAGUAUGAAAUUUCCAGGUUCAACUCUGACGCUUUUGGUUAUAUACAGAAAAUGCUGCAUGCAGUCACGCUAAACAAGCCGUGCACACGAAAUCAAGUCGCCUCUGAAUGAGUGAAGAAAAUUUCCAUACAUUUACAUUUUACGACUAUAUCAUAUAUCCCAAGCGUUAAUUAUAGUUAUAGAUAUGAAAUAAAUCUUAUCCGCAUAAUGUACACAGCUAAUUCGAUUCUGUACAGCAAGGACAAAACUGUGUUGUGUGAUACUGGACACCUGAUAUCAAUACUUAGUGAAUGUUUCUGGCCUCCAUUAUUCCAAACAAAUCAAAUUUUAAGAAGAAUUAAUAAACUUUCUGAGAACCUGACUUCUUUAAGUAUCUUCACUUUAAAUAUACAACAGUUUUCUUGAAAAUAUCACAUAUUACCUACCCUAUUCUGAGCAGCACUAAUUUUAAUGUGCAGUAAACAGUGUAAAUAUUAGCCAUGAAAAGUUUACUCACCUAAACAGAACGUCGUCUUCUGGGACUGUUUCGCAAGCUUUAAACUUGCCAAAACUUUCAUCUUAGAGCUGAAAUGUUCAGCUUUCAUUUGAAAUACGUUGUUUACCGAGAACUAAAAAGGGCGCCUCAAAAAUUGAGUUUUUGUUUUAAGCGUCUAGAUACUGGUACUGUCCGGAUACUGGAAAACAUACUGUAACCAACUAAUAAAAAUACUGUCCUUUAAAACUGCAUGUACUUUAAAAAUCAUACUAAAACUGAAUUGCUGAAUCAAGUCGUACAGGCAUAUUUUACAGAUGCAGUCACCCUUUAGACUAACGGAAUUCAAUGUCAUUAUUUUACUGGUAAAUAACGGUCACCAAAUUCGGCCGGGCAUGAACAAUCUAUGAAAUCGAUGAUCGGAAAAUCAAUGGAUCAAAUUAUUGAUAUAACAAUCGAUUAAUUUCUGUUAAUUGAUAUCGAUUGGCAUCGGCCAGUUAAUGACCAAUAGAUAAUCACACAAAAGUAGUCACGAAUUUCUUCUAUUGCCAUGCGAUUGGCAUACAAACUAAAUCUUCAGUUAUGCAAGUGUCAGUCACGUGGAACAUGUAGGAGAAUAAACACGCUUCUUUCAGCAGAUGUUUACGCAAUCAUUGCUGGUUGUGAAGCUGCUCGGUAAGUGACCGGCUCUAGUUACGACCACGUAGCUUUGUGAAACCUGCUUUGUUCUGUGACUUAAACUUUGUGACGGAAAGCUCUAGUAAGCAACCGCUCCUCUUAGCAGCUGCGAUCACUUUUGGGAUUGCCCAACUGGGCUUUUCCUUCCUUUUUUAAGCUCUUGUAAUCAACCACUCAGAAUCUUAAUUAUUCAAUUCAACAUAUUAAAGAAACUGCACACUAUGGUAACGGUCUAAAAACUGGAUGUAAAGUUUAGCCGUGUCUAUAUCAGAUAUGAAGACACUGAUAUAAUAUAAGCAUUAAUUUAUUUUGACAAAUAAAGAAAGAUGGUAAAUGGUGAUGUGAUCAACAUGUCACAAGCACAGGACAAAGAAAAAGUCUGAGUCCCUGACAGAAAUUGAACCUAUUGUAAUGGUGUGACUGCAUGCGUGACAUGCCUAGUGACGCUAAUAGUAUGCAUAUUAGGUGUUGUUAUUUUAGGACGUGCUAGGUUGUAUCAGAACAUAGGAAGUAACGGACGUGUGGAGUAGCUUUACGAAUUGAUUGUGAAACAUAUAUGAUGUAAACUCUACGUUAAAUUGGCGACGAGGAUGCUCCAAGUUCGAAUUGAGAACGACUAAGGAGGUACGGCAUUAUGUAAACUAUGUUGUAACGUGCAGCACGCCCAAAGCUGUCACCAGAGACCAGGUAAAGGACGCCACUGAGGAAGAUCCAGCACUUCAAGCACUAAAGAAGUACAUCAACCAAGGCUGGAUAGACACAAAUGAUACAAGGACACACGAAUUUCGGCAAGUUUUCCAUGAACUAACAAUAGUAGACGGGAUUGUCUUGAGAGGGGAUCGGAUCAUUGUGCCCGCAAAACUCAGACAUAGAAUGGUGGAAAUUGCGCACGAGGGUCAUCAUGGCCAGGUGCGAACAAAACAGCUUUUGAGAGCACAUGUAUGGUUCCCCGGAAUGGACUCACAAUGUGACAAGUUCGUAUCCACUUGCAUCGCCUGCCAAUCUAACACGCCGCAAACCCAUCGCGAGCCACUUCGGAUGACAGACCUACCGGAAGGACCGUGGGAGAAGGUGAGCGUGGAUUUUUGCGGACCAAUGGCAAGUGGUGACCUCGCCCUCGUAUUCUACUGUCAAUAUUCCAGAUACCCAGUGGUUGAAUUCGUGGGGUCCACGAGCGAGAAAGCAACAAUACUGACAUUCAAGAGGGUGUUCGACACAUAUGGUGUGCCAAAAGAAAUCAAAUCAACCAUAAAUUCGAAGAAUACGCAAAAGAGGAGGGGUUUAAGCACCGAAAAGUGACACCCGGAUGGGCAGAAGCCAACGGUGAUGUAGAAAGGUUUAUGUAGAGAAUAAAGAAGACCGUUCGGAUCGCCUCUUUGGAAGGCAAACCCGUGAGGGAUGAAGUGAACCGGGGAAUCAGGGCAUACAGAGCAACUGGGCAUGCGACAACUGGAGUCAGCCUGAACAAGCUCAUGUUCGGAAGGGAAUUGCGUGGAAAGUUCCCUGAAGUCAAGGGACAGCCUAAAUAUAGGGAUGACAUGAUGAUUCGCUGUCGGGACUGUGAACGAAAACAGAAGAUGAAGCAAUAUGCUGAUAAAAGAAGACACACAGCUGUGAUGAAAAUUGAAGUCGGGGACACAGUGUUGUGCAAGUAGGAAUGUAAAAACAGCCUGACACCUCUGUAUGACCCGAAGCCUUUGGUAGUCAUUGGUGUCAAGGGAAGCAUGGUCACUGCCAAGAACAGUGUGAGAAUUCGCACCAGGAAUUAUGCCGAUUGGAAAUUGCUCAAAAGUGGUUGUAAGAAAUCACCGCGGGGUGAUGAUUCUGACAGCGACGAUGCAUUUGAACCGGAUGAAGUUAUAAUUGAAGGUCCAGAGCAAUCCUUAGCAGGGCCAAGUGGAGAUGCAUUGCCAGCGGACAGAUCCAGUGAAUCAAGGCAACGUCAUGAGCAGCCAAGAGCAAACAGCGACACAGCCGAGUACGAGAGUGGGCAGAGAUCUCGGCAGCCCGGAUCAGACCGUAACACAGAGCGAAGACAUGCGCCCUUGGACAGGCCCAGGAGGAAAACAAGAUCCACAAAGGACACUAAAUAUAAGGACUUUAUUUGCGAAUAGCGAGCAUUUGCUUGUCUAAUACAUUAGAGCCUGUAAAGGACACAAGGGCUUACUUGUUAUUAGCAACAUUUAAUUUAUUUUGUUUAUUUAUUUAUUUUUGUUUGUUGUUUUCGUUCGCACCGUUGCGUCCCAUCCACGAGAUGGGGGGAGAGAUGUAAUGUCGUGACCGCAUGCGUGACACGCCUAGUGAAGCUAAUAGUAUGCAUAUUAGGUGUUGUUAUUUUAGGACGUGCUAGGUUGUAUCAGAACGUAGGAAGUAACGGACGCGUGGAGUAGCUUUACGAAUUGAUUGUGAAACAUAUACGAUGCAAGCUCGACAUUAAACCUAUGACCUUCUGUACACUGGUCAGAUACUCUAACUAUUGAGCUAUGAAGGACUCGUGGUGAGCUGCACCAUAUACAAGGUUCAUGUAUUGCAUGCGUCCUGGAUGCUUACUGCUAGGAUUAGCAAUGUUGAAAUCAUCAUGUAUGUGAUAAAGAAAAAUGGUAAAUGUUAAGCGAAGAAAUGAGAAGUGAUGUGAUAUAAACAUGUUAUGAGCACGGCACAAAGAAAAAUGAGUUUCUUUAGCAAAGGACUGGAACAAGUUACGUAAUGAAUUUACGGGCUGAUGGCCUAACUUUACUAGGACCAUUUAAAAGAAAGACAUUUAAGUAUUUGCAAGAACAAGACAAAACACAGCAAAAAAUUAAUGUAGAUUGUAGCUUAAUUCCUUUUAUUUUUUUCUACACCUUUUUUAUUGUAAUCAUUAGUCUUGAACAUAGGAUAAGAGCGCUAUAGAAAUAAAUAAAGUUAUUAUUAUUCCGCUAUUUUACUAUGUAUGGUGUACUAUUGUUUUUUUUUAAUCUUGAAAUAUUUUAUUACUGGACAUAGGUUUAUACCAGCUGUUUUUUUAUACUCAUCUGACCUGUUUUUUGCAGUUUAAAUAAAGUAUUUAUUAUUUUUAAGCUCUCGUAAGCAACCACCCUCUGUUGUUUGCGAUCGCUUGCAAGAGCUCAUUCUUGUAAGCGACCAGCUCUAGCAACCACUUUUUCGAAAUUCCUGAGGUGGUCGCUUGCAAGAGCUUUGACUGUAACUAUUUUUAGAGAAUCAUGACAAUCAUUCAACAGAUCAUUAAAUUGUAGCAGCAUGUACCAGGGUAACUGGGUUUCACUUAAAUACAAAUAUUAUACUAAAUACAACCACAACAGACAAAUUUGUUUCAUCCUCUUAAAAAUCCAGGAAAUACUAGACCUGGGACAAGCCACAAACAAAAGUCAUGUAUCUCAUCCGUAGGGGGUCAGAUAAAAAAAUAAUGCAAUGAUCAUUGGAGAGACCCUGUUAGGGGAUAAUUUUGACAAGUGACCUGAAACAGUGAUGAAGUUCAGAUGACAUGGCAAUGCCGUGACAAAUAACACAAAGAUGAGUUGUAGUUAGGAGAGCUAUAAACGGUCAGGUUGCCAGCUACUGUCAUUGGAAUAGCACCCCCUUUCUGUUAUCAUUUGAUACAUUUGGUCAAAAACCUUGUAUCUAGUGUUGCUGUUUGUUGUAGUAAUUCCGUGAUAACCUUUUUAUUUUUUUGUAGUUGUCAUAAAAGGUUUUCGCAGCUUGACCCUGAGGCUGUGAGGGCCAACAAGAAUGCAAAACUUCCUUCAAGGAAGAUCAUGACCUUGCCAGAACUAAGGGUAUGUACAUUUGUUUGAAUGCACAAAUUAUGAUAAAGUGGGUCAGAUGUUCAUUCUUGUUACUCAGAGCCUUUUUAUCUUUUUACUUGUUAUCCAAUCAUUUUGUUAAUAAUAAUAAUAAAAUAUUUAUUAAUAUGUAUUGCACAAAUAUCAAUCUAGACGAAAUUUUCAUUUAUGCUUACGUAAAUCCUACUUACAAACCCUACUAUAAAAAAAAUCAAUGUUUAUAAAAAUUAAAAUACAUUCCUAGUACAUAUCCUACGUCUAGAAAUUCUUAAAAUAUUGACUAAUUAUUCCUUAAAAUCCUAUUUACAAAUUCUAGUUAGUUAUUUUUUAUUAAAUGAUAACAGAAAUAAAUGGCUAGGAAAUGCCUUCUUAAAUAAAUGUGUUUUUAGCACCUUUUUUACCUGUUACUGAAGAUAAAUUUUCUAAUAAAAAGGGGAAGAAAGUUGUUUAGAACAAACGCCACUCAACUGGCUUGAGAGUUACCAGCACUGUACAAACAUCUUGUUGACAGACUCAAGUAAAACUGACAACUGUACAUUGUAGAUCAAUGGAUAACUGAUAUUAUAACUAAUAACAGAUGAUAACAUCCUGGCUAAACUGACAAAUGGUGACUUAUUUGACCAAUCAGGUCAAUAACCAGAGAGUUGAAAACCAUCUACUGAUGGGAUACAACUCACUUUGACUCUGAAGACUACCCCUCUGGUUGUCAAAAUGUCAGUCAUUGUCAACAACAGACCUCUUCAGGACUACACUCACCUGGACAAUCAUAACCCAACCUCUCAUGAACUGACUCCUAGGUUCUAACCUAACGCAAACAGGAUAUUCCUAAAAAUAUCUAAUAAUUAAUGUUAUAGGAUUGAAUGAUUGAUCAAUCUUUGGGGGUGCUGUAAAUUAUUUUGCAUCCUUGCAUCCAGGUUGGGAAUUUUUAUCCUUCAGGACCAAAGGACCCAGGGAUAACAAUAUUACUAAUUAUCAUGUGUGUAUUUGAAGUCUGACAUCAAUGUCUCUUUUUCAGGUAAAUCCUUUUAAAGACAGGAUUUGCAAGGUGUUUUCAUCAUCCAAAGAUGGAGAACUCACCUUUGAAGACUUCUUGGAUAUGAUGUCUGUUUUUAGUGAAAAUGUGAGUUGCUUAUAAACUGACAUAGGUGGUUAAUGUUACAUUGUUCAGUUUAUUUACAAAAACCUGCAGUACUGUGUCAAAUUUGUUGUCUUUCACAAUUUUGGUUGAAAACACAAUUAACUUGCAAACAGUCAGUUUUUUAAUUUAAUAUAUAGCUGUUGUACAUGUACUUUAAUUGAAUCUGAAAUGACUGAAAGAAAAAUGUUUAAGAAACUUUAGAUAUACACAUGUACCUUUGAUUUUUUAUUCUUUUGGCCUAAAGCACAUUGGUUUGUCAUUAUUGCAUUUUUCUGUUAAUAAAAUUAUACCAAGGAUAAAAAAUAUUCAUUUUGUGGUUGACAAAAUUAGUAUCAUUAGUAUCGUAUUAAUUAUUAAUACGAUACUAAUUGAAAAAACAACUGAAUUUUGGUUUGGUUUGAGGACUCAUUGGGUUUUGAACUGGGACUCACUGAUUCUGGACUGCAUCAAACUCACUCUUUUAUUACUUCAGGCCCCAAAGAGUGUAAAGGUGGAAUAUGCAUUUAGAAUUUACGGUAAGUUUCCAAGUGUUUAUUAUUAUUUGGCACAGAGAGGAUGUUGAAUGGCCACUGAUCAUGAUGAUAGUCAUAACUGCAUUUAUGUUACUGAAGGUGGAUGUGUUACUUGAUGGCAGGGAGGAACCCAAUCCCUUGUUUUGUUGAAUAUUCACCAUGACCAGAAUAUUGGCACUGAUUAUUUUUGCUGGAAAAUGCCCACAAUACCUGUUGCUCUGUCUAAAGAAUGACUGGGUGAGACUGAGUAGAAUCUGAAGAAAGAAUUAACAGUAAUAAUUUAUUUUUGUUUUUCCACACAACAUGGGCGUACACCUCUGCCUUCAAGUUCUGAAUGAUGUUAUUUUUGAACUUGUAACAACUCUCUUUGGCAGCUUAUUUGAGAUGAUUGGGAGCCCCCUUUCACAAGGAGGCUGGGUACAACCCUAUGAUGAGAAUGAUAUUGGUAGGGGUUUUUUUGCACUUUGUUGGGCAGUUUAUCAAGGAGAGAGGGUCAAUGCUUUUAAUGUAACGUACACUAUCUGUUUCUGAUAGAUGAUAAUUAUGUAGUCAUCAACAGCAUCGCUCACCAAAAAUUUUGGUUCCAUAGAUUUCAAUGAGGAUGACUAUAUCUGUGAAAAUGAUUUAAAACGAGUAAUUGUAAGAUUGUGUGGAGAGCAAAGACUUUCAGAGGACAAUGUGAAUGCUUUGAUUCAAAAGGUAACCGUAUACAGGAUUACCCAUUUUUGUUUUAUCAAGUUUGUUUUUGAAGCUUAUAAAUGCAUACAAUGUAGAUUGUUCACAGUCCCCUAUUUUCCGUAAGAUCAUUGCAAUUGAAUACUUUGCAUUACUGGCAGCCAUCUUGGAUGAGUGUCAAAUCUACUUAGGGGCUUGGGGACAGUUUGGGAGGAAGCCUUCCUCUCCCCACCACUUUAGACCCUAAUGCCUGCCCCCUUGGUACACACCAAGAUGGCUGUCGUACCAGUAAGCGCUCUAUCCUGGACUUCUGACGAUCUUAUGAAAAAGUAGCAGGGGGGGAUCUAGGGGAAGAGUGCAGGGGGUGUGCACCCCCCCCCCCCCCCGGAAGUGCCCUUGGGUUUUUAAAAAAAUCAAGUUUUGUAAAAAAAAAAAAAAAUGGUGAUUUUGUUUGUAAAAAAAGAAAAAAAAAAAGGGACAACCCCCAUAAAAAAAACAGGAGGGGAUUCCUUUGGGGUGGUUUUUCAAUAAUAAAUUAUUUAAGCAUAAAGUCCAAAUUACUUAGGGGGGUUGGGGCAGUUUGGGAGGGAGCCCUCCCCCCCCCCCCACCUUAGACCCCAAUGCCCGCCCCCUUGGUACACCCCAAGAUGGCUGUCGUACCAAGAAGCGCUCUUUCCUGGGCUUUUGGAGAUCUUUUGAAAAAGGAGGAGGGGGGGGUUUAGGGGGAGGGUGCGGGGGGGGUGCCCCCCCCCCCCCCCCUGAGAUGACCUGUGGUUUUCUAAUACAACUAGUGUUCUGAAAAAAAAAACUAUGUGGUUUAUUGGUGUUGAAGUAGAGCAAGAGAUGAGUGCACCCCCUCCUAAAAAAGAUCCUGGAUCAGCUCCUGAGUAGGGAUUACUUCAAUAAUAUUUAGCUGAAGUGAAAUAAAGUGUAGUGAUAAAAUGGAACUUUAUCAAUUGGAUGCUCACAGCUUACUUGUAUUGGUAUAUUUUAUUUCCCAUUUCUAAUUUCAUUCAUAUAAUAGUACAGUAGCUGUGUUCUGCAAUCCAAUAAUUUAAUGAUCAGGGUCGUGGUUGCUGCCCUAAUGUCUCCCUCUGUUGAGGCCUGUGCCUUUCAAUCCCAGAGGUGACACAAUGCGCGGGUUGAAUGUGCUGAUAUUGUUGCUCCGAGAAGGUUUUUCCCUGGGUAAUCUGGUUUUUCAUCCUCCUAAAAACAAUUUUGUCCAAUUCUAAUGAAAUCCAGAAUGGUAGACAAAGAACCAAUUUGUGGAUUUGCCAUUUCUAGAAGUUGUCUUACAUCACAUUACCGUAUUUACCCGUGUUUAAUGCUCACUGUUUUUCCAUGAAAUCGACCUUCAAAUGUACAAUUCUUAUUAUACGCGGAUUCCAUUGUUUGGUCAAGAAAACAAAAGAAGACGAAAGCUUUGCAGUAACUGGUGUUUAAUAAACUCAGUAAAAAUAGUGCAUGAUUUUAUUGUUCAAAGGAAAACUGUGAAUCUAGCAUAUUUUAUAAAGCGCUAUAUUAUCGUGGCUUCAUGGGCAGGUUGGCAUUUGUUUCAAAGACUGGUAUUCCAGGGACUGGCUCAAGUUCCAGUUCUAUGUUCUUGGGCUUCUUUCCUUCAAUACUAUUGUGAUAUCCAUAGAGGAAAUAAACAAACAUUCCUGCAAGGAAACAAAGGAAAAAUUGGAAACACAGUGAGAAAGACUAUAGUUGAAUAUUGCUUCUAAAGUUAAUGAUAAAAACAUGAAAGUUAUUUCCAGCUGUCGAGUCUAAUGACAAAACCCCGCAACAAAGUGACCUUCGAGUAAAAAUUCUCUUCUUCAGUUAGUAUUGAGUUACUUCGUUUUAAACUUCGUUUUUAAUAUUUUACGACGUAAAAUGUUGGGGUUUCCCGUACUCUUUGGCCUGGCCACUUUUUGUGUUGUAUGAUAGGAGCUGAACCUAAUGGCUUUUUAUUCCAAACCUUUACAUGUUUUUUGUCAAUUUUCCUAGUCCUACACCAAUCUUCCACCUCCUGGAUUGCCAUCUCUCCUCUCCGCUGCAAUAUUCGUUCAUCUCAGUGUGAGGUUUCUGGAACCUCUUUUUAAUAAAUUGUUCUUCUAAAAUGAAAACUGUUCAUACGUAUUUUGAAAUGUGACUGAAAUGAUUUAUGCAUGCAAAGUGCAGAUCUUUGCUGCAACUUGUUUCUCAAUUGUUUUUUCCGCCUGACUGGGUCAAUUGUAAAAUAUCUUUCAUUUAUUUUCGUCAAACAGUGUUUUUAAAAAAUUAGCAUUAGAGCUGAUUGUUUUGAUUGAUAAGAGUAACCUUUACGCUAUUUAUAUGACUUCGACAGGCUAAAUUGACGCUUGUGGUUUAUAAAAGCAUUCAAAUUGUUUUCUUUCCAUUGUAAACACUAUUCUUGACCUGGUGGCGUCUCAAGGUCUCCAUUUUAAUGCAUCAUUGAUUUGUUCUGGAAGCGUAUUGUUACGCGUCUGUGAAGUUUGUAUUUAUCUUUUUCUUUUCCUUGCCUUGUGUUUAUGUCAAAAUUUCUGGGUGUGACUGGAAAUUUGGGCGGCCGGCCGGCAAGCAUCAAAGAAAUGUUUUGCCAAGGAUUUAUACUAAAUUGCUGCACUCAAACUUUGGAAAAACCUGCCAGUAAAUAUUAAAACAACGAUUUCCUUAGAUUCUUUUAAAAGCCAUCUCUUUCAGGACACAUUCUUAUAGCAUAUUUCUAUAGCAUUAUAGCAUUUCGAAUUUUUUUUGGUCUAUUGAUUGUAAUCUUAGGCCAUGAUAGAUUUUUAUUUCUGUAAACGCAUUGAGGCAAUGCAUAAUGCGUUCCAAAAACUGUAAUUAUUUAUCAUUAUUAUUUUUAGCUAAUAACCUAGUACCAGCUGUCGAGGCUUGCAUUGAGUUAAAUAUGCACUUUAGCAGAGAAAGAAGAAAUAAGAAUGAUCAAAGGGAAUAAAUCAUUUGUUGCAUAGUAGAUUGAUGUAUCAUGUAUAGUUUAGAUAUCUUACCAACUGUUACCCAAAGAGCGAACCGCACGUAAGUGAAUGGGCGAAGAAGUGUUAAGAGUAGCAUAUUUAUGAAUAUGCUGAUGGCAGGAAGAAGCGGUACCCAAGGAACCAUGAACGGAAAAGACGCGCCAUUUUGCGGCUGCAGCCCUAAAACAACCAGACAUGCUACGGUAACAAUGGCGUACAGUGACACUGCAAACAAUGUCAUGGUGUUCAUAUUGUCGCUGCUGAUCAUCCAGGUUUUCAGCGAAACGCAAAGAGCGAACAUGGACAGCAGCAUGAUCGUGACCGUGACGUUCGCAAUAGUGCUGGUGUAUUCAGUGGGAUGAGCGUGACAUGUUGUCGUCACGCUAUCAUUUUCGCGGGAAAGUUUCUCAUAGCUAUGACCUGCUCCUUUCGUAGGCUUUGAAAAGAAUUUUCUGAGCCAUGAUUGCGUUCGUUGUUUGCUUUGUUCUUCAUUAAGUACAGAGUCUAAGGAGGGUCGAUAGCGUGUGAGUAUCACUGAUAUUGACACCAUGGUAUAAGUUGUAAUGGUCGUGAUGGAUACCAUUUCCACCAGUUGGCUCAUGUCGAACAGGAACGCCAAGAUUGCGCUCAACGCUCCGCUAACCACCACGGCACGUAACGGCGUCCUCUUUUCCUUGUCGAUCGUGGUGAAACAGCUGAAUAGAAGACCAUCAUAGGCCAAGGCGUAAAUAAGACGAGGAGCUGCAAAGCAAGCAGCCAAUAAACUGCUCAGCAUUGAACACAGGGCCCCAACUGACACGAUGUACUUUGAAGCUUUAAAACCCCGCACUGCGAAAGCCUCAGCAAUGGGUGCGAGGUCUUUGAGUUCGUAAUAUGGAACCAUCAUUGUCAAUACUACUAUUACACCUAUAUAGGCCAGCAAGCUUAUUCCUAAUGAUAGUAGAAUCGCUAGUGAGACUGAUACUGUUGGGUUAAUGGCCUCUUCGCUAGCACUGGGUAUAGUAUCGAAUCCUGUAAAGCAAUAGAAGCAUUUUGAAGCAGCUGUAAGUAUGCCUGUCCAUCCGUAGGGUGCAAACUUCUCUAAACUCGACCAGUUACUCGCAUCAGAGUAGUAUGCACCGGCGAAAAUGAUAAACAAGACUACUAGUAGAUUGCACAAAACGGUAAUAUCCACUGCUAGCUUGGUCUCUUUCACGCCAAGGCAAACUAUGAUGGUUACAACGAAAACCAAACCGAAGGCCAGCAGAUCGGGAUAAUGUGCUAAGACUGGUUCAUUCCAGACGCCGAAUUCUUCCUUAAAGAAGUUGUAGACCGAACCAUUGAAUAAAAAGUUGAUGUACUGGCUGCACGCAGAUGCUAGAGAUGCAGCGGACAAAACAAACUCCGUGAUCAUGCACCAGCCCGUUAUAAACGCCCAGAUUUCACCAAUGGCUACAUAAGUGUAGAUGUAGCCUGAUCCAGCUCGGUUCACCCUCGAUGCGAACUCAGCAUAACAAAGACCAGCCAGUAGAGAUGCUACAGCGGCUAUGACAAACGACAGAACGAUCGCUGGACCUGCCACGGAAUGCGCAACUUGGCCUAUGACAACAUACAGCCCUGCGUCUACCAAAGAACCGAUUCCUAGCGCUGUCAGGUCGAAUAGAGUCAUACAUCUCUUCAAAGGAGUGUCUGAUGGAACAAAGUCGUCCGUCUUCUGCCUUGUAAGACUUACUACCAAUUUACUGCCCAACAUUUCCGUUUCUGUUGUGUGCAAGGUGUGUUAAACCGGCAUCAGAGUCUUCUGCUCUGCGACAUCAGUGGAUGUUCACAUUGCUCAAGCACAAACAAUCCGCUCCUAGUUAUUUAAGAAAGUUUUAAUUACCGGUGAUUUAAAUAUUCAACUUUUUAUGUUCAUUAAUCCAUAAACAGUCGGCAUUAGACCGUGAAAUGGUAACAAAGUUUAGAUGAUAUAUACUGCCUGUUUUUACACCGAAGGACAGUGGUCGCUCGCAUGUUUGAUAUAUUCUGUCUUUCUUUUUUUAGAGGCUUUGAAAGUUACUUUGUAAACUGCUCUUUUUUUCGCCUUAAAGCUGUGCUCCGUCAAGUAGAAAAACUGUUGGCGUCCUAUCCGGACAAUAGGAAGUUUCUGGUUUUUAAAAGUGUUUUUAAAUGACUCAUUGUGUGAUUCUUAUGCAGCAUGAUGUAAGAGGUUCAGUUUAGUGGCAACUGUUUUUUCAGUGGACCAAUGUUAUGUGGAGUAUGAUUUUCUCUUGUUUUGGUCCGUUUCUUGCCAUCUACGGUUUUCGAUUAUUUUAAACAAAUUUUUCCACUCAAUUUUCCUGUUCAAGUUUUUGUUACUGCAACGGCCCAUGAAGCGUGACAGAGAACUCGAGGGGCGUACACAGCAUGCUACAAUAGCAUCGCACAAAGGUCUGUUUUCGCGUCCUCUAUUUUUUGUCUCUUGAUAAAAGCAAUAUAUUCUUUUUUCAUUGAUGCAUGGAGUGGUAUUUUAAUGAGCGUACCUAAAAACAAAAAAAAAUAAAAUAUAGUCAUGUUUUAUGUUUGUGUACAGCUCAAUGCCUGGGAUACCUCACGAACGCUUUACAUCCAAAUGCUAUCAAGCAGAAUUUUACGCGCCAAUGUGUAAAAGAAAGGAAGACAGAAUUUUGAAGCAAUUUAAAAGGAAUAUUUUAUUUCUAUAAGGUUUAAUAGUAAAUGAGUUAUGUCAUGAGUAAAUUAAAGAAAGUUGAGAGCUUGCCAAGAAAGUACUAAAAAAAAGAUACUUGCGUAAAACUUGUUCACUUGCUCUUAAGUCUAGUGUACUCACUGGGUGAAAGCAGUGAAGUUUUGAAUAUGUUUCUCACCAAGUUCGUUUUGAUUGAAAGUAAUACCGUAAAACUAUCAACUAACGGAACAAAAUUGACUGGUCUGUGAGCGGCAAAGAUCCCACUAGCAUUGCUUCCUGCAGUUGUGAAUUUAAAAUAUGAGGUUUGCGUCUGAGUAGUCACCGGAACGUUCGAGAAACCGACGCUUAUCUACCGUUCAAAUUAUUUAGCUAAAAAAGGAUUGUUGCUGACCAGCAUCAAGAUUUUGUGUCGUUGAGGAGGUAGAACACAAGUCAUAUAUUUGGUAUGAUCAUCUGAGUUUUGUGUUGAAAAGUGUUCAAGCUCUACUGCUUUUCCUCCGUAGAUUCUUUUGACAAGGGACUAGGGCUUGCUAGAACGUCAGCUUGAAAAACCCUAUUCGACCAUCUUUGCUGAAAUGUUGGCGAAAGUCAACUCUGAAGUUCCACAAUUUUAUUGAACUUGUAUCACUGUUUUGGUGUUUAUUUAUUAUAUUGUAUUGUAGUGUCUUUGUGGUUGUUUAGUCCAUCUAUAGAAAAACCUUGUAUUUGUAACAUGUCCUUAGUUACGCUAGUCUGCUACACAGCCGUUUUUAGUGUCGUCACGCAAAGCUCCUCCCCACAAACCUGGGGAGGAGCAUUGCGUGACGACACUAAAAACGGCUGUGUAGCAGACUAUAGUUACGCCCGCCUCGAUUAGUUCAAAAACUAUUUGCGGGUGCGUGGGAAAGUAAUGUACGUAGUUAUAUAUUUAAUUUCUAUGAAUUUGUUGUUGUUGUUAAUAUCCAUGCGCAAGGGAUACGCACGUAUGAAGAGAAAUUUUCGUGAAAACAUUGGACAGAUUGGAGCGAAAAUUUAUGCACUGUUGCGUUUUAUAGUAUUAGGGACAAAUAUGAUCAAGUUGCUCCUUUAGUAAAACUAAGGAGCUCGUGGCAUUUUUUAACAGCAGCGAAAAUGCCGCUGCAAUUUUACAAAUUUUCAAGAUAUUCUAAUAUUCUUAAGUUGGCAAUUGCUUUUAUGUCGGAACGUGCUGAAGCAACCCUAUCACCAAUGCCGCGACUAUUUUAGUGGUUAACAAGGGCGGUGUGUAGUACAGAUAACACCAAGCUGUGUAAGCAGUUUGAGUUUAAAAGAAACUGGAGCGGCACGUUCAUCUUUCAAUUCUUUUUCAGAUUUAAAUAUAGAGUUUCACUGUUUCUUGAUUUAAUGUAAAACAAGGCAACAUGACACUACUAGGGCCUUAUUAUUGACAUACUAUGUUAUUGACUCAUUUACAUGAGAAUCGUUUAUAUCCAGUUGAAUAAAUGCUUAUUUCCAGUGCCCCUUCCAUUUGUUUAUUAAACCGGCCAGUACUGACUAAUAUAAAGGUCAUAAAGCUAGUCCGCAGGGCGACCCGUUUGUCGCUGGAAAGUAUGACUAGUCACAAGCACGAGAAGCAUAUGGUAGCACAAACACUUCAGCAGUCGCCAUUCUUUCCCAAACAGUACGUUUUAGCUGUGAAUUCAAAGUGGGACAAUUCAGUGCCGCAAUCAGCCUCAUCCCAUCGUUCAAAAGGUGCUGUAUGCGGACGAGAUCAGUCUCUUUGGUUACAAACUUAUUUGGCGGAUACACCCCUAACCCUAACCUACACCCCUUGAUAAUAACUGACACCGGUUGUGAUGGGUAAAGCGCUGGCAGCAUAAUCCUUGGAAAAUUCUUUUAUCUGCCGCUUUAAAGACGUUUUGUUUUCUCUGUCUGUGGACAGACUAUCCUGAAAUACACUACCCUGCCAUCCUAAAGGGUAGAGGCCGUGGAAGGGGUCAAUAUUCCUUGAGCUCUUUCUUUGGCCCGUGGCUCGUAAAAGGUAAUCUUAGCCUUCGAGCAAGCUCUCCAUUUUGGGGGAUAUCAUGAAAAGCGAGAGGAGACGCCAAAGCGGUCGCGGCUCGCUUCGCUUACCCAAACAGAAGAGCUUGCUCGCAGGCUAAGUUAAUCUUUGUUAUGCGUGCUUUAUCACCUAGCUGUGGUUUGUGUAUUUUAAAUGAAUUUAUGACAAUUUGUGUUUCCGUUUUGUUAGAUUUUUGACGAGGCUGAUCUUGACGAUGACAGCCAACUGUCGUUUGCCGAAUUUGAACACGUUAUAUCGAAAGCUCCGGACUUUGUCAAGUAA